CGUGGCCGCCCUCGAAGCCUGUAUGGUCGCCGCCGUCGCCGCCCGUCUGGUUGCCGCCCUCGACGCCCGUGUGCUCCCGCCCUCGCCGUCCGUGUGCCCGCCAUCCGCACCCGGGUGGCCGCCGACGGCAGCCCUUACGCCGGUUGAGUGCCUGCCGCCUUCCUCCAUCGCGGCGACCUCGCACCAGUUGACGCGGCUGGCGGCGGUCAAAGGCACGCCAUCACCCUCAGCGCAGCCGCCUCUGCCGUUAGAUCCGGUUAUCCCGGAGGAUUUCGUCGCGCCGCAGGUCCCGCAACCAGCCUGCGGGCUCCUGGCUGCCGCGGAGAGCAGCAGCCCGGCACUGUUGUCCUUCCCUCCUGCGUCAAUCCCGCCGUUCACCACCACCAGCCCCGCGCCACCGCAACAGCACUGCGCACGCGCUUUCUUCGGGGGCGUGGAUGGCAUCCAGGCAUCGGCGGCGGUGCGGCUACAGGCUGCAGCACGCGGCCUCCUAGCGCGGCGACGGCUACAGAAGAUGCGCUUGGAGAUGCAAGAGGCGGCUUUGACAGCGAUCGACCUCGGCAAUUGGGGGCGCAACCUCGACAAAUGGGGGCGCGACCUCGCCCCGUCAGACGGCCACCAGCGCUCGUGCCAACUCGCCGCUGUCUUCACGCGCAUGCAUGGUAGCGAACUCCAAUUCUACAGCAGCGAUAGGGGAGGCGCUUUCCUCCUUGACAUCGGCGGAGGCACAUUGCCUGGCGCCAUCACGUUCCGUCACCGGCCACCACGAGGACGUCUCCGCUGGUCGCUGUCGCGACUAAUUUCCGAUGGUCUCCAUGGGAUCCAGGCGGCUACUUACGUGCAGGUCCAGCACAAGGAGGGUGUCCGCCGUAUCUUCAAGAGUCAAAAAUAAAGAAUUGCAGUUUAUUUAAAAUAAGCCGAGAUGUAAAAGGCUUGUUCUUAGGUUUUCGGUUUGCAUCUAGUGGAGUCAUCAUUAGCGUCAUUGUUAGGUUGCAGCGCGAGGACGAGCUGCAUGUCCAGGUGGGGUGUAGUGUUAGAGGAGUCAAGGGCCUAUUGGGCCUUAGCCUAUUAGGGUUAAUUAGUCGCUUGCUUAGGGGUCAAGUAAACCUCUCUAUAUAAGAGAGGAGAUGUAUCAAUCUAAUCAAGCAAGAGAUUAGAAGGAAAUCCCUUCUCUCUUGCCGGCCGUGGGCGAAGCGCGGCCGGCGUUCCCAGCGCCCCCAACCCUAGCCGCCGCUCUCUCGCCCUCGCAGCCGCCGCCUCGUGAACAGUACCCGCGGUACUGUAUCACCGCGGGUACUGUAGCGCCGCCGCCGCUUCCCUCAGCGCUCUCUCCUCUCGAUCCCAUCAGCGUUCAUAACAUCGGGUAUCGUCAAGGGCCUAUUGGGCCUUAGCCCAUUAGGCCCUCGACUCCUCUAACACAGUUUCCCAUUUUCUUAUUUUUCCUUGAUUUUUUCUGAUUUUUUAAGACUAUUUUUUUUGCUCUAGGGUUUCCUCCCCUGGUUCUCCAAAUAGAGGCGGGGAUUUACUAACCCAAGUGGGAAUGGCACCCAGGGAAAUCAAUUGACGUAAUAAUCCCUACGUGGGGUGCCUUCCCUGGGCUAGCUACCCCCUGCUUCCCAAACUAAGCCUAACUGUGCUAUUUGUGUUGGGAUCUGACCAUGUAUUUUUACCUA